AGAGAGAGAGAGAGAGAGAGAGAGAGAGAGAGAGACUGGCUCUGACGCGUACAAUACACGGAUCGUAACGCAGUGGCUGCAGCUGACAGUGUCAACACUGGACAGUCAACACUGCUUAACAUAUUUUGCGAUUUUAAUAUAAAGCGCUGCUUGCACCCUUGCUUCCUGUGUUGACGUGUGUGUAUUCCCGCGUCGCAAGUUGCUGCUUGGAUCCUACCCUCCUGAGUUCACGCGUUACAAACGCUCCUGUAUAUCAGCCUUUUCUCAGAUUUGAGUGAGAAGAUGCAAAGAUACCCCGGACUGCUGUUGCUACUGCUGCUGCUGCUGCUGCUGCAGUCAGCGUCUGGGUUCCUGUGCUACACGAGGACCAUGGGCAGUGAUUACACGAGCAUCACCUUCUGCCCUGUUGGUUCCUGCUUCUCCGUGGGCGGCUCCAUCGUGGGCAACAAGGACGCUCAAAUGGGAUGCUCUGAGGAUGUGAAAGCUGAUGGAUGCAUAGCCGCCUCCCUGCCUGGCCUCAUCUCCGCCCACACUUGCUUUUGUAAUGGUUUCCUCUGUAACAUCGCUCCUCCUCGCAGUGUUCCCCCAGCUGGCGUCAUGCUGGGGCUGUGUCUGGUGCCCCUCCUGUUCGCUAGGCUGGGCUAGGUGAUGUGUGCUGUGGGUUGAGUUGAGGUUGGCUGUGUAAAGUGGCUGUGUAAGGUUUAGUUAGGUUAAGGUUAAUUAGGCUACGUUAGGAUAUAUUUGGGUUCGUUAUCCAAGACCUUCUGUAUUCUCUCACCCUAUUCUGUCCACCUCCCUAAUGCAAGAGUUAACCAGUAUUCUCAGUCUUUCAUCCCUUUCUCUGGUAAACUCUGGAACUCCCUGCCUGUUUCUGUGCUUCCUCCUUCCUCUGUCCACCUCCGUAAUGCAAGAGUUAAUCAGUAUUCUCAGUCUUUCAUCUCUUUCUCUGGUAAACUCUGGAACUCCCUGCCUGCUUCUGUGCUUCCUCCUUCCUCUGUCCACCUCCGUAAUGCAAGAGUUAACCAGUAUUCUCAGUCUUUCAUCUCUUUCUCGGGUAAACUCAGGAGGAAGCUUUCAAGACACUUAUCCUUCAAUUCUGGAUGACCCCCUUUGACCUCUGGUGCCGUUUGGUUGCCCUUGGCCGGCGCCCCGCUUACGUAGGAAAAAAAAAAAAAAUUAGGUUAGGUUGUUGUUGUUGUUGUUGUUGUUGUUGUUGUUGUUUGUUUGUUUAUUUUUGGCUUUUUCUUUCUCAUCAUCUUCCUCGUUUAAUUUCUUAUUUCAAUCAUUAUUCUUGUUCUUAUCACGCUCACAACAACAACAACAACAGCAACAGCAACAACAACACUGAUAAUAGUAAUAAUAAUAAUAAUAAUAAUCACCUAAUAUGCUUUCAAUAAUAUCUUUACAUAAUUACUCAAGAUCACAAUAUAUAAAAAAAAAACUUUACGUAUAUAGUAUUAUACUGUAGUAAUUAUCAUACAUAUAUAAAUUUUAUUCUAGUAUUGCUAUUGUGGGACUCGUUUUCUUCAGACGAUGGUAAACUAAUGUAUCGUGUAGAAAACGGUAAUUGUUGUUUGGAGAAAUAAUAAUAAUAAUAAAAAG